AUGCCCAGCGUCAAGGUCAAGACCAAUGCGGGCUCCCUGCACAUCAACUACACGAUCUCGACGCCUACGAACCCGUCCGCGAAGUCCAUCGAGAAGAACAUCCCGACAAUCAUCUUCCUGCACCCGGUCUAUAUGGGCCAGGAGAUCUACCACCAACAGUUCGCCGACCCGCAGCUGCGGAAGUUCAACCUCAUUGUGAUGGAGACGCGCGGCCACGGUGACACGAGCGGCAAGGUGGGCAAGACGUUCAGCCGCGUCGAAGCCGCGGACGAUGUGAAGAAGUUCAUGGACGCCCUCCGCCUGCCAGCAUGCCACAUCAUUGGCCUCUCGAUGGGCGCUUGCAUCGGUCUUCAGACGGCCAUCACCUACCCGGAGAAGGUCUUGUCGGUGACGAUGAUCUCGCCCUUGCCGCUUGAGGAGCCUGAAGAUGUUGCCGCCGGUCGCUUGGAGAUCUACGAGUGCUGGUGCGAGGGCAUUCAGGGCGACAAGUCGGCGCUCAAGGACGCGCUGUGGGGCGCCUGCCAGCUCGGCUUCAACAGCUCGAAUACGAGCAUGGUCACUGCCCUGACGACCCGGAUAUACCCCCAAGCGCUGAAGAACUGGUCGCUCAAAAACCUCGACGACUUCCGCGCCAUCUCUGUCAACUUCUUUGUCGAACGGAAGGCGCACCCGAUCGAGACCUUGGCGAAGGUCAAGUGCCCGGUCCACCUCAUCCACUGCGGUGGGGAUAUCGCGUACCCGUUCGAGUUCGUCACCGAGCUGCAGCAGGCGAUGCAAAAGGCGGGCAUUGAUGUGCAUGUGUCGACUGUGCCGGACGCACCGCACUUCGGGCCUGUCACCCACCCGAAGGAGAUCAACCGCAUGUGCCACGACUGGGUAUCCGACCUGACGAAUACCCCCGUGCCGCCAGUCGCCACGGCCGUCUCGCCCUUCCAUGCCACGCUCAAGAAGUGCGGCUUGGACGCCGAGGACGAGGCAGACUUCUCCUCAUAA